AUGGAAGACGUGCACAGGGAAUUACUGCCUGAAGAGCUUUCGGCGGCGUUGAAGGUGAUGGUGUAUCUCCAGGAGAAGACUAUUAUCGAGCAAGAUACGCCGGCCGAGUCCAUCACAGCGUGGUUACAGGCGCGAGUUCUUCCCCACGCAGAAGACACGACGUGCAUUCCCAAGGCUCCGCCCAUACCGCGCAAGCGUCUCUGCUACAUCUGUCGCCUGGCAAUCACACGCGCGUUUCCGUCUCAUCCAUCGUUGUGUGUCCCUUGUGGCGCCUUCAACCACGCAUCAUCGCAGCUGUCCAUGCCCCCCAGAUUGACCCUGCCACGCACUUUUACCGCACUCGUCACUGGAGCACGCGUCAAUCUCGGAUACCACACUGCGUUGCGACUGCUGCGCUGCGGGGCCCAAGUGAUUGCUACAACGCGGUAUCCACACGAUGCCAUAGUCCGGUAUAUCCAGGAACCCGACUCUCAUUUGUGGGAAGGACAGACUCAAGGUGGUGGGCGCAGAUUUCAGCAGUGUCUGAGGCAGUGGGCGGACGGGGGAGAUGCCAGGUUGUAUGCGUUGAUCAAUAACGCAGCACAGACGCUUACCGAUAGCGUGAAGAAGGAAGAGCAUGCCACACAGCGUGAGGAAGAGUUGAGAGGACGUGUGAAGCACCAUACCUUUUUGAUCGAGAGAAGCUACAAAGCCAGAGUACGCGGAGGAGCACUGCCACUGGCGUUGGAGAGUGGGGAGUCGACAUGCAUCGAGAGGCUGGAAGGCCAUGGCGACGCCAUGUGGUCCUUGGACGCGUCCAAAGCGUCUACAACAGAGAUGGAGCCCUAUUCAAAAUCAUCAUGGGUCCAGGGGAUGUCCGAGAUACCGUAUGAAGACGUAGGUUCUGCGCUUUCGGUCAAUACCUUUGUCCCCUUUAUUCUCUGCCGCGAACUCGUCCCGCUUAUGGGCACCACUGAACCGUUACCGCCUGGCACCGCUUCCAAGCCGCAGGGAUACAUUAUCAAUGUGUCGUCCCGCGAAGGCAUCUUUGAGGAUCACAUCACCUCCUCUGCCAAGCGAGGCAAACACGUGCAUACCAACAUGUCCAAAGCCGCGCUGAACAUGCUGACGGAGACGGAAGCGGAUCCGGCAUGGCGAACCAGGAAAGUGGCGAUGAAUACAGUCGAUCCGGGGUACAUGAGCGCAGCGCCAGAGUACGAAGAUGCCUUUGAUUGGACAAGGCCGAUCGGGUGGGAGGACGGCGCUGGUCGAGUAUUAUGGCCGAUUGCUGUGGGCGAGGUAGAGGGGCAAGUAGUCAGAGGCCGAUUCUUGAAGCAUUAUGGCGCUGUGGAGGUGGACCCGGGCAUGGGCAGAGGGUGA